UUUAGAAGAUAAAAUGCAGUAGCUAAAUUAUUGGGAAUCGGUCAUAAUGGCGGUUAGCUAUAUCGGGAAAUUGUUCAAAAACAUAAAAUUAGGCAGCAAAAAGUUCGAUUGCAAAUCGUUUUCGAAUGUCAUCAGAUAGCGCCCGCCAACGUAAAAUCCCGCCAAUUAAACGCUAAUCGAAUACAAUGCGAUUUAAUUAAAAAAAAAACGCAAAACCCGUAGGGGGGCCAUUCGCGAUUGUCCGUCUAUUUUCUCGAAUUAUUCAACCAUGAAAACUAUCGAACUACUCUCAGUCAUCCUCCUUCUGGCCGGUGAGGCGCCGGUGGCGCCCCAGGACGCGCAGACGCUGCAAAGCCUGCUGGUCAAUCUCAACGCGAAGUACAACUGCUUCUGUCCGAACGUGGUGGGCAAAGUCUGCGGCUCCGACGGCACCACCUACGACAACAUCUGCUUCUUGGAGUGCUUCCAGCAGGUCAAAACGAACUUGGUGAUGGUCCACGAGGGCGCUUGCACCCCGUCCGAGGCGAAACAUCCCGACGAGUGCCUGUGUCCGGACGAGGAGGACAUCGUCUGCGGCUCGGACGGUAAAGACUAUCGCAACGAAUGCGAGUUCGAAUGCAUGCGCAAGAAGUACCCGAGGCUCGAGUUGGUAUCCCACAAAGCGUGUCCUAAAUUCAACUACCUCUCCAUUUACGACGACGAGAAAGACGACCGCAAUAAGAACCCCCACUCGGGAAAAUACUACGAUCCCGACGAGAAGGAAGAAUCGAAGCUGGUCGACUCGUGGACUUCGAUGGAAGAUUCGGACAUACCGUUGACCAACGACGACCUGAACUGCGAUUGUCCGAAGAUAUCGCAGCCGGUCUGCGCGUCCGACGGGAAGUUCUACACCAACAUGUGCUUCCUGCGCUGCUACCAGAAGAAAUCGCCCAAAUUGAAGCCCGUCAGCAAGUCGUACUGCUCGCAGAGCUCGGAGGAAAGUGGCGACAUCACGAGGAGCAGAGACUGCGAUUGCCCGGACGAGGUGAGUCCGGUUUGCGGAUCCGACGGCGCCAUCUACCCGAAUCUCUGCCUGCUCGCCUGCCAGAAGAGCCAAAACCGCGCUUUGAUCGAAGUCGACUACGAGUUCUGCAAGAGUUCAUCGAAGAAUAAUUGGAACGAUAAAACGAAAUUAUCGGACGAAGCGAACCCGUGCAUUUGCUCGAAGAGCCAGGAGCCGGUUUGCGGCACCGAUUACAGGACGUACCCCAACAGAUGCUUCCUGGAGUGCUUCCGCAACUACAACGCCACUCUCGAUGUGCUAGCGGAGAUGGCCUGCGAGCUGGUCAGCCACAACUACAAUCCGGAUCAGCAAUGGAGCAAUUUGGACCCAUCGGCGGCGCCGACGUUCGUCAUCACGCUGUUCUCGCCGAAUUGCACCUGCUCAGAAGACCACCAGCAGGCGUGCGGAUCUGACGGAAAGACCUACGACAACGAGUGCUCGUUGAACUGCGAACGGAACAUGGGACGGAAUUUAACGCUGGCGUUUCGCGGCGCUUGCGACGAGAUGAACAGCUCGCCCGACAAUCUCCUCGCAUCGCUGUUGCGCCUGCCCGAUUUGCCCAUCGUGCAGUACUUGAACAAGCUGUUGCAGAGGUCCAACCGGUGCGAGUGUCCGCAGGAGGAGCGGCCGGUGUGCGGCUCGAACGGCCGCACCUACUUCAACGUCUGCUACUUGGAGUGCUCGCGGGAGAAGAACCCCGGGCUGGUGCCGGUGGCGGAGGCGCCCUGCGAGCGGCUCCCGCCGCCCCUCCCGGGCGGUCUUCAACAGGGCUUGGUACCUAAUGAGCCAACGGUACCUACUGCGCCUACUGCGGUGGCUGGAGUGGUACCGGCGACUGGUAACAACAAUUACUGCAAUUGCUUCAGCGUUCUUCAGCCGGUUUGCGGAUCGGACGGUAAAACGUACAUGAAUCCGUGUUUUCUCUAUUGCAACAAACUGCAGAACCCCCAGUUGUACCUACUAGGUUACACCGUUUGUCAAAGAAUAGACGAGAUCCCAACGGAGAGUAUAUUGCGGUACUUCGAUUGCUAUUGCCAGACCAGUUUCGAGCCGGUUUGUGCUUCGGACGGAAGAGUUUACCCCAACGUUUGUAUUUUGAAAUGCAUCACCCAGUACUAUCCGCAUAUAACGAUGUACAGUUGCGAGCUCGACUGGAGCCGGUACAACGUAAAUAAAUUAUGACCUGCGAUUUUUAUUUUCCUUACGUUCUAGACUUCAAAUGCCCGGUUGUUGUUAUAAAUAAAAUUUUUUAGAAGAAAUGUAGACGAUUUUUUUUGUAUCUAGCGUGUUGGUGGAAACUCCGAAAUUGCG